UAUUGGCGUUGCCACGGUAACGGAGCAACAGAAGAGGCGCUAUCGCCUCCAAAAAGCUGCACACACAGGCAGUAGCAACAUGCAGGAUCAACAGGAACUUCAAUAAAUUCCUUGUGGCUAUUUUAAGCGUGGGUUGCUAGUGACUGGAGGACACGCCACAUCAUCACAAUCCCCUUCAGAACAUAUCAGAACCCCGUCAUGGAAAAAGAAGCUUAGACACAGCAAAGCAAGUACAGGAGAACCCUUUUUACCCCAGCCAGCUGAGGACUUCCACAUGUAAAGUCCAUUAUCAGUGAAGAAACAAGUCAUGCAAAAUUCGAAACAAGGGGGAUAAGGGGGCACAGAGUUUGCGACAGGCUGUUGUGAGAGGGCGGCUUGUUUGUUCAAGAGUCGGGAUCUCCUGCCAUGUCUGUGACUGGCUGCUUCGUCAUCUCUGUGCCACACCCUGCUGAGGGAAAGGACAGCCACCUGACCUUGAUGCUCACAUCAGCCCAACCCACACUUCUCCCUUUGUUACUGAGAGGCUAAUCUGCUAGCGAGCAGUGUGAGGAUCGGAGCGUAUUGUGUGAGCCAGUGUGCGGGGGACAGAUAAGGGAUCCAGCCAGCCCGACCCACCGACCCACCGACUGCCUGCUUUAAUGUGCUGACUCUGGGGAGAUUUUAAAAGACAGCAUAUUGACUCCUCAGACGUGUGCGGAGACCCUGGACACAAACGCCUCCACGAACAGCCACAGCCAAGCAGAAGUGCAUCAGCAGACAGGGGAGCAAGAGAAAAAAAGCACAGAAGACUGAAAAAUCACAACUCCAAAAUCAGAAGAUAAAGAGGAUUUUUUUUUUUUUUAAUCCUCUUCUUUUUUCAAUUAAUUUAAUUUUUUCUUUCUUUCUUUUUCUGUGUUCCUGGGACUGAGUGACUGACUCCCAUCCCUUGAAAAAAAAGGGGGAGCAAGUAACUGAAGAGAAUCUGAAUAUAAAGGACAGAACGAAAAAAAAAGCUUCGAAUCUGAACAUGUUCGAAAUAAGCCGAACACUCAACGCUGCUUUGUUGAGCAAUGAGCAUCUCAAGAUGAUGGCGAGGUACGGGCAGCUCUCGGGACUAGCAGCCAGUGGCGUGGGCUCCGUCCCCGAGACGCACUCGCCGCUAUUUCCCAGGGAUCUCCUGUCAUCGUCAGCCCAGAUGGGCUACAGGUCACCCCUGGGGUCGACAGAGACACAGUGGCGUCAGGCAGAGCUCCCGCAGCUCCAGGGCUGGGCAGAGAAGGGAUUGCUGACACAGCCAAAGAUGAUCAUCAGUAACAUGGAGGCUCCAGUGACAAAUGGCCCCAGCGGUGGAGGUACCACUGCUAACGGGCCCACCAGCAACAGCCGUGGCUGCCCCUCGCCCAUGCAGACUGGCCCAACAAACGACGACAGCAAGACAAACCUCAUCGUGAACUACCUGCCCCAGAACAUGACCCAGGAGGAGUUCCGCAGCCUGUUCGGUAGCAUCGGCGAGAUUGAGUCCUGCAAGCUGGUUCGCGAUAAGAUCACAGGGCAGAGUCUGGGAUACGGCUUUGUCAACUACAUUGAUCCAAAGGAUGCAGAGAAAGCCAUCAACACGUUAAAUGGACUCAGACUUCAGACCAAAACAAUCAAGGUGUCAUAUGCACGACCCAGCUCAGCCUCCAUCCGUGAUGCUAACCUGUAUGUGAGUGGCCUGCCCAAGACUAUGACCCAGAAGGAGCUGGAGCAGCUUUUCUCCCAGUAUGGACGUAUCAUUACCUCCCGCAUCCUCGUCGACCAGGUCACAGGUGGCUCCCGAGGUGUUGGCUUCAUCCGUUUUGAUAAGAGGAUAGAGGCUGAGGAAGCCAUUAAAGGGCUGAAUGGCCAGAAGCCGUCAGGUGCCGCCGAGCCCAUCACAGUCAAGUUCGCCAACAACCCCAGCCAGAAGACCAGCCAAGCCCUUCUGUCACAACUCUACCAGUCCCCCAAUCGUCGAUACCCAGGCCCCCUUCACCACCAGGCUCAGAGGUUCAGGCUGGACAAUUUGCUUAAUAUGGCCUAUGGCGUAAAGAGGUUUUCUCCCAUCACCAUUGACAGCAUGACCAGCCUGGUUGGCAUGAACAUCCCUGGGCACACAGGCACUGGUUGGUGCAUCUUUGUGUACAACCUGUCUCCAGAUUCAGACGAGAGUGUGCUCUGGCAGCUGUUCGGGCCGUUCGGCGCAGUCAACAAUGUCAAGGUGAUCCGUGACUUCAACACCAACAAGUGCAAAGGCUUCGGCUUCGUCACCAUGACAAAUUACGACGAAGCGGCCAUGGCGAUCGCCAGCCUCAACGGCUACAGGUUGGGCGACCGUGUCUUGCAAGUCUCAUUCAAGACUAAUAAGGCACACAAGUCCUGAACUCUGACAGAUAGAAGCAGUUGCCCCACGACUUUGUCUGCUCAAAAAUUGCCCCCACCCCCCACCUCCACUCGUCCCUUAGCCCCUUCAGUCGCUACCAUCACCACCCAUCUACAGCCAUCCAACACAGCAAACUCAAACUACAACCGGAACACAAAGCAGCCAACAAACCAUCAAACCAAUUGAACUAGAAAUGGCUUAUAUUAUAACUUUGGACCUAUAAGCCAAUGUUGCCUAAGUAUUACAAAAAUUAAAUGAUUAAAAUGUUCACAAGUUUUUGGAAGCUCCUGUGAUAAUGCAGGCUUCUCUUUGUCGUAUAUUCUGUUUGUUGUGGUUGUUAAAAUGAUUUUUCUCUUUUGUGUAAACAGUAGCAAAUCCUUGUGUCUCCUUAUUUCAGAGAAGAGAAUGUCCUUACUAGACUGGAACUUAUUUUCUGUCUUUAUUAAGGAUUUGAUUAAUUUAUCUUGUUUGGGGUUUUUGUUUUUUUUUUGUUUUUUUUUUCACAAUCCGGAUCCACUGUCGUUAGUAUUAUUAACCUCCCUGUCGGUGAAAGGGAAGGGGCUCUUUUUUAAAUUGGUAAACCAUUCAUUCAUUUUUUUUUUGUGUGUGUUUUGAAAAAUUUCCCCUUAUCGAUAAUACAUGGGAUUACAUAAUUCCAGUAACUCAGAUGUAGAAAAAAAGAGGAAAAAAAAAGAAAUUUCUAACAUUGUUUUUGUUUUGUAUCGCAAACAAAGCAUAAUGUCUUUCCUCACUGGGUUUCGGGGUUAUGGGAGAGGGUGGGGAUGGGUUAGCUUUCCUGAUGACACGUUCAGUAAUUUAAAAAAAAAAUAACACUGUUGCCAAAGAGAAGAUCUCUUUGCUUGAAAAAAAUGCAUUUAGAAAAAUAAAAAUAAAUAGAAAGAUCUAUUUUUAUAAAUGAUAAUUAAAAUAAUGAUUAUUGAAGAAUUUUUACAAGAAUCUGGAUUUGAAAAAAAAGAGAAAAAUAUUUUGACUGGCUAACUAGGGGGGGCC